AUGGCUCACGAAAACGUCUGGUUCUCUCACCCAAGAAACUUCGGUAAAGGUUCUCGCCAAUGCCGUGUCUGCAGCUCCCACCAGGGUUUGAUCAGAAAGUACGGUUUGAACAUCUGCCGUCAAUGCUUCAGAGAAAAGGCUAACGACAUUGGUUUCAACAAAUACAGGUAA